GGUGAAUGUGAUGUCACUGGAGGGCGUGUUUUGCUGCGUUAUCACUACUUCCUCAAAGCCAGUCUGUGGAGCUGCUGCGGCCCAUGCAGAGAGGGAAUAGGCGACCUGAAUGUAGAACUCUGGCGGCUCAGGUUUCUGAUGAGAGAAAGGUACAGCAAUAAACAAAGACAGGCUUGCAAGUGCUGAGGUCCGGUGUGAGGCGGAAAUGGCGGAGGUGUGUACAAUGGUAAAUGAAAAAGGAGUUGCAAUCCAAAAGAAGUAUCUCUGAACACCAAGGGCAGUUUAUUUUUUUGGAUAAUAAGCUCAUUCCUUUCAGAUGGCAGCUGCUCCUCCACCAGGUGGUGGGGUUCCUAGUUUCUCAGGACUUCCUAUGGUGUCUAAUCAGUGGAAUGUUUCUGUUGCCGUAUGGGAAUGGCAAGAUGAGCAUAACAAAUGGAGACCGUACAACAGUGCAGUGAGCAACUAUAUAGAACAAUAUAUGGUGUCUUAUUCACAGCAAAAAGGUUUCCGAGCCUACGCAAACAGCAACAGCAUAUCUCUUGGAAAAGUUGAUCCUAAACUGGCACCAUACAUUAUUGAUAUUCCAACCCUUUCACAGUUUAGGCAAGACACAGGAACUAUGCGUAGUGUGAGGAAAUCACUUUAUCCAUCUAAUUCUGCACCAGCCAAAGGAAUUUCUUGGGAAUGGAUAAAUGAUGAAGCAUGUUGGACUUCUUAUGAAAUGCCAAUUACCAUUUACUUAGAUGAAAAUUACUGUAAUGGAAGACCAUUGGUGGAUCUUGGAGCAUUUGGACUCCCCUACCAGGUUGAGUUAAACUCUUGCAUUCAAACAAAUAAAAUGACGGGUUUUAGAAGGCAAGUUCAGAGAAGAGCGGACAUUCCUUAUACAUUAACAUCAGCAAUGGGACCUGUUCAUAAAUCAUCAGCAUGUCUUUGUCACCAGUGCCUAGCCAACAGUGGAGCAGGUCCUAUAUCCGGACGUCACCGACACUCCAUGAUAAACUUGCCUACCUCCUCUGGUAGCCAGCUGUCUAGGACUUCAUUUGUGUCAUCCUUUAAUAUUGGUUAUGUACCCUAUCCUAAGCCAUCAAUGGCAAGUUCAAAGUCAACACCAAAACUUAAUAGCACUUGGUUAACAUCUCCAGUUCCUCUGCAAUUUCCAGGACCCUCAUCAUCUAAUGGAACCAGCAUACCGUCUGUCCCAGUAAACAUGCAGAAGCAAAGUUCAACAAAACAAGCCUUAGCAGGCAUGACGGCAAUGCUGAUGUCUGCAGCUGGGUUCCCUGUACGCUUUACUUCUGCACCUCCACCUUCCAACCCGCCCAUGAACAGUAAACCUGAUAAAAAUCACAACUCAGUUAGGAGAUUGAGGAAAUCUAAGAAAGGAAUUGCUGCUGAGCCUGAGCAAGUUGUAAAGAAAUAUCUGGAGAAUGUAGAAAAGCCGCUAGAAGAGGACUGCAUAAUCUGUAUGGAACCACUGAAUAUUGCUUCUGGAUACAGCGAUGCUGUCGAGAGCAAGAACAUCAAGCCAACGGCAGUAGGGAAACUUAAGAAAUGCGCCCAUACAUUUCAUCAGCUUUGUAUGCUAGCUAUGUAUAACAAUGGGAACAAGGAUGGCAGUUUACAGUGUCCAGCAUGUAAAACAAUUUACGGAGAGAAGACUGGAACACAGCCGAAAGGAAACAUGGAAUUCUCCUCAAUCCCUCAGUCUCUGCCUGGCCACCAGGAUUGUGCUACUAUCUAUAUUGUGUACACCAUACAUCCAGGAACACAGGGGCCUGGACACCCAAAUCCCGGUAAGCCAUACUCCGCCAGAGGCUUUCCACGCCACUGCUACCUUCCAGAUAAUGAGAAAGGUAGACUGGUACUCGAGCUGCUGAAGCUUGCCUGGGCCAGGAGACUGAUUUUUACAAUUGGGGUCUCCAGCACAACAGGGGAAUCUGAUACAGUAGUGUGGAAUGAAAUCCACCACAAGACUGAAAUGAACUCUAACUUUAGUGGACAUGGCUACCCUGACCCUAAUUACCUGGACAAUGUCAUUGCAGAGCUUGCCGCUCAAGGAGUCACUGAGGACUGCUUAAAGAUGUGACCAUUGUGUUCCACUGGCUGCCUUUUGCUGCCUUUAAGGGGAGCAUUCUGAUAAAUGUGGCCUUAAAGUUUGAUUACAGGUUUCCUUUUUCAGUAGAGCAAUAUGUCUUGAAGAGGUUUACAAAAAUGCUGGGGAAGUCUGCCUUGUUUUGUACAUGACUGACAUGCUGGUUCAUAUCACUAUCCCUGCAGGACAGGGUUUAGUCAGUAUGGACUCUCCAUCUUCUUUAUCUCUGUACACGCAUAAGUGAGAGGAUUUUUCAUGACGAGUUUCAUGGCAACAUUCUAUUACACAUUCAUUUUUUUCUCUGAUAAAAUAAUGGCAUCGGAUGAAGCAAAUCCUAUAUUCUUUCGUAACAACAUAUUGAUGAUAAUUAGUUUAAAACCCCAACCUUAUUUUUGACUUUUCUUUUUUUCCAAUUCACUCUAUAAGUUGGUACUUGUUAGGGCGGUGCCAUACAUUUCCUAGGUACGUUUGUAAGGCAUUAGGAGACCUAAGGGGUUACUUCAAAUUUAAGUAAACUUUUAGUAUGAUAUAGAAUGUCCUAUUCCUAUUAACUUUGCCAUUGGUCUACGUUAUUUAUUUUAUGUAUUUAUUUAUAAUUCUUUAAUUGCUUGCCUUUGUCUUCUGUCAGUUUUUUUUAAAUAGGGCUCACUGAUCCAGGCAACAAUUGAAUUAUUAUUGCUGCUUUUUUAUUAUCUUUAGUCCCUCGCUCAUUCCUAUUCCAGUUUCUCAUUUACCCUAGCAACUAGGCAGUGGUUUGAAUAACAUCCUGGCAAACAGUUAGCUGCUGAAAUACCAAACCGGAGAGCUACUGAACAAAAAGUUUUAAAAACAGAAAAACCCAUACAAAUGAAGACAAAUUGCAAAUUGUCUCAGCAUAUUAAUGUCUACAUCAUACUAAAAGUUAACUUAAACUUCAACUGCCCCUUUAAUGGUGGAGCAUUAGGGAAUUACAGGUAUGAGACCUGUUACCGGAAUGCCCGGGGUUUUCCAGAUAACGGAUCUUUCUGUAAUUUGGAUCUUCAUACUUAAAGUCCCAUAGAAAAUCAUACAAUAUAAACCCAAAAAGCUGGAUUUUAAUUAUAUCUUCAUUGGGAUCAAUUACAAGAUAUGGUUAUUUUAUUAUAAUAGAGAAAGAAAAUCAUUUAAAAAAAAUAUUUUAUUAUAAUGGAGUCUAUGGGAGACAGUCUUUCUGAAUAAUGAGUUUACAGAUCCUAUACCUAUAUUAAUAAUGACCCUGAGUAAGUUUAAGUUUGAAAAAUGGCAUGCUUAGAUAUGGCUGCCAGUUCUCUGGGAGGUUAUUAGGAGUGCUUUGGCAAAGGAUUACCGGCUCAAAAUUCCAGCACUGCUAUCCGUUCUCAUAUAUCAUCCUUUGAUAAUGUUAUAUUUAAUGCAACAGAGUAAAUAAAAGUAAAACACAGAUAAGAGCAAUGACUCCUCUAAAUGAACCCAAUAAAAAAAUGUCCUUUUUCUAUGCAACCUUGCCUGCAUCAGAGUCUAUUUGAAUGCAUCACAGUUGGUAUAUAUUUAACGUCAGAGGCAUAUAUAAUAUAUACAUAUACAAAAAUAUAUUAUUUCUUUAUUUUUAAUUGAUUAAAUGAUGGCUGCUGCUGACUUUUUGGACUCUAUUUUCUGCCUUUAUCAGUCAGCCUCCUUAUUGUCCAUUUGGUCAGACCAUCCUCAGUGCAUUCGACGGUUUGCCUCUUAUUUUUUGUUGUUGUUGUUGAUUAGAAUUGAUGUUGGAAGACAUCACAAAUAGACAAUCACCAUAUUAACCACACUGGUGAAUUAUCUAGUAUAGGUCAA